CCUUCAUCGACAUUUACAGAACCCUAACUAAACUCUCUCUCUCUAUCUUCCGCUUCCCAUUGUCUGUCUACGAAGAACGAUGAAGAUCGUCGCUGCUUAUUUGCUCGCCGUUUUGGGAGGCAACUCCAGCCCUUCUGCUAAAGAUUUGAAGGAUAUUCUCGGAUCUGUUGGAGCUGAAAUUGAUGAGGAAAGGAUCGAGCUUUUGCUGUCUAAUGUUAAGGGUAAGGAUGUUACAGAGCUCAUUGCAUCCGGAAGAGAAAAGCUAGCAUCUGUUCCUUCUGGUGGAGGUGCUGUUGUGGCAGCUGCUGCCGUAGGUGGUGGCGGCGGUGGUGCCGAUGCCCCUGCUGCAGCUGAGUCAAAGAAAGAGGAGAAGGUUGAAGAGAAGGAAGAAUCAGACGAUGAUAUGGGGUUCAGUCUUUUCGAUUAAGUAUAAUGACAAAGUUGAAUGUUCAGAGAUUUUUCAAGAUUUUAGAUUGGAAUUUUUGUUUUUCACAUGUAGUUUUUUAACAUUAUCGUGGUGUUAUGAUGAGCCAAAUGUUGGUACUUUUUUUUAAGUUAAUGAAUUUUCGUCGUAAUUUUUGGAUGCUCUAAAAUAUCUGUGUUAUUAUAUGAGAAAAAAAUGGAAUUGCUGCUAUGACUUGAGUAAAUUGGAGGCCAAAUUUUCUGUU